GGCGCGGAGGACGCCACCGCCGGCCCCGCGGAGGACGCCACUGCCGGCGCCACCGCCGCGGAGGGAGUCCAGCGACCGUGAUGAUUUCGACAUGAGCCCCAGACCCAGCCGCAGCCGUAGCCGCAGCCGCAGCUACAGCCACCUGUCGGAAGAGACUGACGGGCAUGGGCGUGUCUGGAGGCCGCACGCGUACAGAGAGAUCAACGCCGACCGUGGGUACGGCGAGUACAGCGUCCGCAUCAGUGACUACGACCGCCUCUUCACCUGCCGCGGCUGCCACAACAUGCUCUCCUCGCCGGUCUACCAGUGCUUCAGCGGGCACCUCACCUGCGCGAGGUGCCACGACGAUACCUCGGGGCAGACGCUCUGCAGCUACUGCCUUGCCACCGGCUGCACCCGCAGCCUCGCUGUCGAGGAGUUCCUCUACGGCAUCAGCUUCUCCUGCCGCAACCAGCAGUACGGCUGCGACGCGUUCCUGCUGCACCACCAGAUGCGCGAGCACGAGCGGUCCUGCCACCACGAGCCCUGCUUCUGCCCCGUGCCUCUCUGCGGCUUCGCCGGCCAGACCUACGAGCUCGAGUCCCACCUCGCCACCCUCCACCGCUGGGACGUCGUCGGGUUCCGCUACGGCGAGAGCUUCGAGGCCCCCGUCCACAGCCCGGCCGUCUUCCGCUGCGACGACUACGGCGAGCUCUUCCACAUCCUUGCCUCCCGCGAGGGGUACGGCACCGCGCUCUCCAUGAUCUGCAUCCGCCCUGACAACGCUUGCAAGGAGGAGUUCACCUACGAGCUCAAGGUACCGGCGGGUGGACAGCACCGGCUGCAGAUGCAGUCAACUGUGUGGAACACGUCGCUGCGGUACGGCAUCGGGGAGGGGAGCGACGUGUUCCUGCUCGUCCCUGACAAGCUGCCCGGCAAUGGGAGUGGCAGCGUUGUGGAGGUGUGCAUCAACAAGGCGGCGGCGGCAGGUGCAACCAGUGAUUAGCUCAAGCUACGCGCUCAAUUUACACCUUCUUGGUUACAUCAUUACAUGGUUUAAGGGUUCUAUGCUAUCUGAUUCCCGGAUUAAUACCUGAUGAGGGUGUACCAGAGUUAAGUCUACAGCCGAGGAAACAUGAAUGCCGUGCUUCUUGAUGAUUGCAUCUGCUUAGUCCAUUUUUUUUUUGGAAUGAACAACUUAGUCGUCGAUGGACCUUCUGGUAAUUGAGAUGUGAAUCAUGGGCAUUCAGUGCAUUGCUCAUAUCUAGAUAUAGUUUUUUUUAGGUGAAAGAGAAAAUUGGAUAAGAAGAAUCCUCAGGUAAGGUUUCCUUUUCAUCAACUCUUGUAUGAGCAGAUACCUUCCCCACCAGAUGUGGUGCAUUUGUGAAUGUGACGAUCUUGAUGACUA